ACCGCUCCCCCUGCUUGCAAUGGAUUUAAAGAAGUGCGCUGACCUUUUUUAAUGUCUGUUUCAACCUGUCAAAGUCUGAGCAGUCAGGGGUCCACGCAGCUCCGGGAAUAUGGCACCAAAGGGAAUCUUGGAGCGUCUCAACGCCGGGGAGGUGGUGAUUGGCGAUGGCGGCUUUGUGUUUGCCCUGGAAAAGAGAGGCUACGUGAAGGCGGGCCCUUGGACCCCUGAGGCUGCCGCCGAGAACCCCGAAGCAGUGCGCCAGCUGCACAGGGAGUUCUUGAGGGCAGGGUCCAAUGUCAUGCAGACCUUCACUUUCUACGCCAGUGAUGACAAGCUGGAGAACAGGGGCAAUAAGCAGACCUACACCGGCGCCCAAAUCAACGAGGCCGCCUGCGAUCUGGCCCGCGAGGUGGCCAACGAGGGCGACGCCUUGGUGGCGGGAGGUGUGUCUCAGACGCCGUCUUACCUGAGCUGUAAGAGCGAGGCAGACGUGAAGGCCAUUUUCAAGAGGCAACUGGACGUUUUCAUGAAGAAAAACGUGGACUUCCUGAUUGCUGAGUACUUUGAGCACGUUGAGGAGGCCGUGUGGGCGGUGGAGGUGCUGAAGGGGACGGGGAAGCCCGUGGCCGCUUCUCUGUGCAUCGGGCCGGAAGGCGACAUGCACGGCGUCUCACCUGGAGAGUGUGCUGUCAGGCUGGUCAAAGCUGGUGCCCAGAUUGUGGGUGUCAACUGCCACUUUGACCCACUGACCUGUGUGGAGGCUGUCAAGAUGAUGAAGGCGGCUGUGGAGAAAGCCGGCCUGAAGGCUCACUACAUGGUGCAGCCUCUGGCCUACCACACCCCCGACUGCAACUGCCAGGGAUUCAUUGACUUGCCAGAAUUCCCCUUUGGUCUGGAGCCCAGGAUCCUGACUCGAUGGGACAUGCACAAAUACGCCAGGGAGGCCUACAACGCCGGCAUUCGCUUCAUCGGCGGCUGCUGCGGGUUUGAGCCGUACCACAUCAGGGCCGUGGCAGAAGAGCUGGCGGCCGAGAGGAAAAUCGUGGCCGCUGGAUCGGAGAAACACGGCAUGUGGGGUGCCGGUCUGGAAAUGCACACCAAACCCUGGGUCAGAGCCAGAGCUCGUCGUGAUUACUGGGAGAACCUGAAGCCGGCCUCUGGCCGUCCACUGUGUUCCUCCAUGUCCAAGCCGGACAGCUGGGGUGUCACCAAAGGCCACGCUGCGCUCAUGCAGCAGAAAGAAGCCACCACUAAGCAACAGCUCAAGGAGCUGUUUGACCGAUCAAAGAGCCACUGAUUGUACUAUUGACGGCCUCAGACCUGACAGCAGAGAUUCACGUAAACAGUCGUUGACUAAACGUGUGCAAAUGUCAGCGUUUUCAUCCUGUUGACUACUCAGGGGGGCAGAUCCUCGCUUGAAACUGCCAUUGUUGUGUGCAUCUGCUGAUUGCCAACUGCUGUAGGGUUCAUGUGAAGCCACAGUGGCAGCUCAAGUUUGGAGCUGGCCCCUUUUUGAUCAGCGCCUUUGAUUUACCACGCAGAACCACUUUGUAAAAUAAAGAUACAAUGUGAAUCAG